AUGUCAAUUACCGGGUCUGAGGACGUCCCUGCCAGUUACGGCACCGCGGCUGGUUUCCCACGCUUCCUCCCAGUAUCUUCAUCCGGCUCGGCUGUAUUUUUCGAAUGGCUUGUGGGCCGGACAGCGCUGGCAAGGCGUAUAGGGACUGGUUUCUUCCCACCAGUCGGCGCGCUCGCCGGAAUUGCCGACUUCCUCGACCGAGCGUGCUCCAUCUCUGAAGUUCGCCGGACCGUUUGGGACGCCAACUGGAGCAGCGUGUUCCCUUGCGCCAACGGGUCGGCCAGCGAUAUCCUCACCCAACAGGCAGUGCAUGGGAUCCCCAUAGCCGACGUGCCUGGCACCAAGACCUCUCCGAUUGAUGCCACGAUCGGUGUCUCGAAGUCUCAGGGCAGACGAUACCAAACGCUCUAUAUUCUCAAUUGCAACUUGGCCCCACACGCUCCGACUACCUCCGCCAAUCCGUUUGCGUCUUUCGUUUUGUUGACAACGUUGGAGCGUUUUCUCCUUCACAUUGUGUUGGGUCUCAGCUCACUGGCCAUUCUCUACGGUCUCUAUGGCACCGCUGCAUGCCUGUUUGUCACAAUCGUCUUCCGCUUGUUGCGGCGUCUAGCACGCGUCACCCGUCCUCCCGGAUACCUUUCGAAUAACGAAGACAUGUCAGUAUGCAUGCUCGUGGCGAUUCAUGAAAACGCAUCAACCUGGUAUCUCUACUGCGGUUCACGUGCUGUUGUUGACACGCUUCUCAACAAAUCCAUGAUACAUUCAAUUACCUCUCCGCUUGGCACGGUACUCCCUUGGUUCCUCCGCGCGCUUGCAGCUUUUCAACUCGCCGCCCUGACCUUCGUUGCUGCGCAGAAGGGGUGGGAUGGUGUCGGGCUGCUUGCACCCGUCACGGUCGAUUGGGCCACUGACCGCCUGUGUUACACCGAGGGCCGGCUCGCGCGUUCAUGGAUGCGACGCGAAGGUGUAGCCGUGACGGCACGUGGCUUCAGAUUCAGCGGACGUACCGCAAUGCUUGGAGCAAUUCAGCUCCUUAAGGAGAAGAAGGCCACGUCGUGGAUGGACGGCAUUUUGGCGCCUUCACCUCGCCGCGAGGUAUGGUUGGCUCGGCUGAACGGACAGACGGAUGAAAAUCUGAUGAGCCUGGAGAAACAAUUGAGCUCUCGUGAUCAGGCAUGGCUAGAACUAAACUCGGGGCUGGCGUACUCGGCUGCGGAUGUGAUGAGACCGGCAUUUGGGUCACCAAUAACUGCAGAGUGUUGA